CCCCAGCCUCGCCCAGCAACGACAUCGCGUAUCUGCGUCUCGAUGCCCAUUCGCCAGAUGCAUACGAGGCGAUGAAUCUUAUACGGUAGCCAUAUAAUUGUAAUUUCUGUUCGCAGUAUAAAGCCAAGCAUCAGUAUCAGCAUGCACCGGCUUUUUAAGGCACGGAGAAGAUGGAUAUGUCGGACCAGGACAAUGGCCCCAAACGUGGGACAAAACGCAAAUUGACUAAUGAAGAUGGACUUGAACUCGGAAAAGGUUUCAAUAAAUCGUCUACUCUCAUGGACCGGGAGGUUUCUUCGUCCACAGCGAUUGAAUGCUCCAUUACCAAUAACAAUAAUAACCGUCUUUCGGGGCUAGCAGUGCCCAGAGAGCCGAGGAAUGACUAUUACUACAAAGCGCUUUAUACGGAAGAGCUGGACUUUCGUUUGCUCGGACAGUAUGACCCGGAAUUCGAAGCUGUGUUGGAGCGCGGUUCGCAUCUUGACUUUAAUAAUCCUAAGUCAGUCAUGCAACUGACCAAGACUCUCCUUAAGCGGGACUUCGGUUUGACAGUCGAUUUACCCACGGACCGACUUUGUCCUCCGGUACCUAAUCGACAUAACUAUAUACUUUGGCUAAAAGAUCUUCUUGACUCAUCCUCAACUCCGUACUUAGACUCUAGCGAACCGGCCCGACAGGUGACUGGAUUAGACAUUGGCACCGGCGCCAGUCUCAUCUACCCGCUUCUAGGCUGUGCUCAACGACCGUCGUGGUCGUUCGUCGCCACCGACGUUGAUGCGAAGUCAUUAUCUUACGCGCGUAAAAACGUUGAGCUAAACAACCUACAAUCCAGGGUCCGUGUAGUCGGUCGCACCAUUGCGGACUGUCUUAUCCCCCUGGAUGAACUAGGCCUGGAAAGCAUUGACUUCACCAUGGUCAACCCUCCCUUCUACACAUCCGAGGCCGAACUCACAGACCUGUCUAAGCAGAAAUCCCGGCCCCCAAAUAGCGCUUGUACAGGUGCGCCAGUCGAGAUGGUGUGCGCCGGGGGCGAGAUCGGUUUUAUCCAGCGGAUGAUCGACGAAUCCUUGGUCUUGCGAGAGAGGGUGCAAUGGUACACGUGCAUGCUUGGCAAACAGUCAAGCCUGGAAGUGCUUGUAAGAAUCCUUAAAGGGCAUGGCGUGACUAAUUAUGCUGUUACGACUUUUGUUCAGGGGAAUAAGACACGCAGGUGGGCUAUUGGGUGGAGUUUUGACAAUAGGAGGCCGAGUCUGUCGGCUAGUAGGGGCUGUGAGCCCUCGGCGGGGAAGAAAAUCUUGCCAGAACCUACAGAGAUGAUAAUUGUUAUGAGAUCUAGUUCGCAAGUCAAACCAGAACGGCUUGAGCGGGUUGUUUGUGAUACGAUAGAGGGUCUUGACCUGCAUUCAUGGAGCUGGAGCAAGCAGCUGAUGAAGGGAGUAGGUUUCUCUAAUGGCAAUGUUUGGAGUCGAGCUUAUCGCAGGAAAAAGGCGAGAGAAAGGGGAGAUAUCGCUGAAGAUGAGUUUUCACCGCCCCGCCAAAAGAAGCCCAAGCAAACGGUGGAGCAGGACACGACACACAGCACGUUUGGUUUCUUAUUAACAGUACAGGCUUCAGGGAAUGUGAACGGUAGGGAUCAGGUGGCGAUCGUGACCCGCUGGCUUCAGGGGGAUAAUCACGCGGUUUUCGAGAGUUUCGCCGGAUUCCUUCGAAAGGCUAUCCUCUCAUCAACCCAGGAGUAAUGAAGUAUGAUACCAAGCCCUAAUCUUAGUCGGGGAGCGCUAUAUGCUAAUCACGAAUAAUGUGCGGUAAAUUCUUGGAACUCAAAGCUAUCAAUUUGUUGUCCCUAUUAUAUCGUACCGCCAUGUCUUGUUGUAUGAUGAACGGCACCUAGUAAUACAAUCCAU